AGGCCAAAAACAACAUUGGGCCAAGAGUCCGGAGUCCUGGAUGUCCAUAUCUAAAUACUUGAAUGAUUAAAAUAUAUCUGCAAAUAUACCCAGAAUUAGAAAGAGAAGUCUUAGAUUAGAUUGAUCGAUUGCAAACAAUUCUGGGAAAAAAAAGAAGAAUCAACAGAUGGGAAUAUUGGCAGGAAUAGGAGUGAUGGUGCCAUUUCCAUUCUACUAUUGGUUAUGGAAUCAACCUCAGAAAUGGGUGAAUCUCUGCGGAAAACACAAUGAUCCUUCAAAGAUAAUGGCUUUUGUCUCACAUUUUCUGAAGCUCGUUCAAUUUCUCUCUCUUUACUCUGUCUCAUCUCUUUCCUGGCCCCCUUUCUAUUUUUGGCCUCUCUUUCUCGCUGGUCAAUUCCUCAACUUCAGGGUAUAUCAGUUGUUGGGUGAAUCUGGCACUUAUUAUGGUGUUCGCUUUGGAAAGAGCAUUCCUUGGGUUACAGAAUUUCCUUUUGGUUACAUCAAUGAUCCACAGUAUGUUGGAAGCAUUAUGAGUCUAUUGGCCUGUCUUUCGUGGGUUCCCUUCAAAUAUAUCCUCUUGUGGUGCCUCGGCUAUGUGUUCAUGAUACACGUAGAAUCAAAGGAAGAUUUAACUACUCGUGCCAAACCACUGAACUGAGCUCCCAAGCCCCAACUUACUGUCUGAACUCUGAAAUACUGAGGAACAUCCUAAAGGCCACCAAUGCAAACACUUUUCCGGUGAAAUUCAGUUUUGGAGCCCAAACCAGGUUUCUAACCACUCCUUAUUAGUUUUUGGUAUCUCUUCUGUAUCAUUCAAAUUAAUAAGUUGUGAGUCACUUGCAACAUUCAAUCUUUGUAAUAUCAACAUGCGAGUUAUUGGCUCUGAGAACAUAGAAAAUGAAUGGUUUGUCUGUUCUCAUUCGAAUUUAAGAAUGUACAAUUAAUGUUAUUGCAAAAGCAUGCAAGGAUUACAUCCUCUAA